AUUGGUCGUUUUUCUCUCGUUAUGACAGAUUACAAUUAAAAUUCUUUAAUAAUUACUCUCAAACUCUUCGUUGUUGUAUUCACACAUGUGCAGACGAAAUGCAAGCAGACAAACAUUCGGUUGUCAGUGUAAAUAUUUAAUUGAUAGAGUGAUGUGUUAAUGUGACAGCGACAAUAAUAUCAAUCCUUUCCCGAGAUGACUUACGACAAGUUGCACCAGAAAGAUGACGCCCCAAAAGGCAAGUGCGUCACUCUCAAGAGUGACGACCGUCGCAGGGGGUCAUCGUUUGCCGCCUGCGAGAUCCUGGACGAUGUCACUCGUGUUAAAAGUACCGGGUUGGCAGAUCCUGGCGUCAGGUCCAGGAUUAAGCUGAAAUUGAAAGCCGUUGCUGGACACUUGGGACUGCUGAUGUCUUUGGCGAUUUAUUGUGCUGUCGGAGGAUUGGUUUUUCGAGCACUAGAACAACCAGCUGAGACUUUAAGGCAAAAAACUUUAAUGAUGACCAUGCAGAAGGAAAGAUCUGAACUCCUAACUUUGAUAAACAGUACCACGUUUAGGAGAGGUUUAAAUUUUCAAUUGUGGCUAGACAACAAUCUAAAAAAUUAUGAGCUGGCCUUGGAAAAAGCUGUCUCUGAAGGUUUUCGCUUUGACAACAUGUCUGAUAAUGAAGGUCGCGAAAAAUGGAAUAUUUUACAAGCUGUAUUUUUUUCUUCCACAGUCUUGACUACAAUUGGUUACGGCAACAUAGUGCCCGAGACCAAAUGGGGGCAACUGUUUUGUAUUCCCUUUGCGAUGAUUGGAAUCCCUUUAACUUUGACGGUGGUGAGCGAUUGGGGAAAAUUAUUUGCCAGUGCUGUCUCCAGGUUGGCCAAACAUCUACCUGCAAUGCCAGGUAUAACAGGAGAAAGAGCUCUUUACAUUUCUGGAGCAAUUUGUGCUCUUUGUUUAUAUUUGGCUGCAGGAGCUACAGUAUUUCUUUUAUGGGAAAAAGAAUGGACAUUCUUUGAUGGAUUCUAUUUCUGCUUUGUAACUAUGACCACAAUAGGCUUUGGAGACUUAGUUCCAACUCGUCCAAAUUAUAUGCUGCUGUGCACUUUAUAUAUUUUAAUUGGGAUGGCUUUGACAUCAACUUUUAUAGAAUUGAUUAGAAGACAAUAUGCUGAAAGUUGGAGAAGAAUAGCACAAGCGAUGUCGGGCCCUUUAUUGGCAGAAGGAUUGAAGAAACUUAUGAUGGCCCAAAAUAAUGCAGCAGAUGUAGCAUCUCUUCAAAGGAUUCUCACAGUCAGUAUGCCUAGAAGAACCAAAUCUUUAAGAUCGAAGGAUAUUGAUUCACAAGAAUGGGAGGACGCUAUGAGGGCUGUUUUAAGAGACAUUCAAAAUUCAAAUAGCAAUAAAAUUAUUCAAAUUGUUGUUUAUGAAUCGUCAGUUUGA